ACAAACGCGGCCUGAGUCACGCUCGUAGCGUCGUAGCGUCGUAGCAACUGAGAGUUUGGGGCGAGCCAUGAGGAACGGACCGGGUGGUCAUUUAUCGUACCCAUCCAGGUCGGGUCUCCCCCAGUCUGAGGAAGAGCAUGACCCGUCCCGGAUGGCCUCGACCCUUCCGGCCAGCGGAGGCCACCGAAAGAAGGGCACGGGCGUGCGGGCCUGGCUGGUGGUGGACGCGAUGGGGCAAGCACAGGUGAUCGAGGCCGGCAAGCACGCCAUCAUGAGGCGCACGGGGCUGCCAGCGCGGGACCUUCGGAUCCUGGACCCGCUUCUCUCGUACCCGUCGACUGUGCUGGGUCGAGAGCGAGCCAUCGUGAUCAACCUGGAGCACAUCAAGGCCAUCAUCACCGCCCAGGAGGUGCUGUUGCUCAACUCUCGGGACCCAUCUGUGACCCCUUUUGUUGCGGAGCUCCAGCGGCGGCUAAUGCGUCACUACAACGCCACCACUGCGCAGGAGAACGGUGGUGAUAAUCCAAACUGGUCAAAUUUGUAUGAUUUGGGAGAGCCACAAUCAAGGACUGGUAGUCCUCAAGAUUUCUCUGGAGGGUUUCCACAGUUUCAGGAUCAGGAUCAGGAUGAGGAAGACAAGGCAGAGGGGAAACAAGGCCUCGACAAUCAAGACGGAUUGAAGGUUCUUCCAUUUGAGUUUGUUGCUCUGGAAGCAUGCCUUGAGGCUGCAUGCAGUUGCUUGGAAAGUGAAGCAAAGACAUUGGAGCAGGAGGCUCAUCCAGCCUUAGACAAGCUGACUUCAAAGAUUAGUACUCUCAAUUUGGAGCGCGUCCGCCAAAUUAAAAGCCGUUUGGUCGCAAUUACCGGACGUGUUCAAAAGGUUAGGGAUGAACUAGAACACUUGCUAGAUGAUGAUGAAGAUAUGGCUGAGAUGUAUCUUACUGAAAAGAUGAUUCAACAGCUUGAAAAUUCUUCUGGUUCCUCUCUGAGUGAGAAUGACGAAAUGGAUGAUGAAGUUCUUCAAUCAGACAAGGAUGAUAGGACACCUGCUGAAAUCUCACCAGAAGCAGGUGGGGUUUCUGCUAGUUACAAAGGUGAACUUCGAAACAUUGACAACUCCCAAGAGCAAGUUUUUGGUGCACGUAAUGCACUUAGUAGAGACAGCCAUGGGACCCGUACUAGUACUACUACUCACAGUGCUACAGGCAAAAACCUUGAUGUGGAGGAGCUUGAAAUGUUAUUGGAGGCAUACUUUGUGCAAAUUGAUGGCACGCUAAACAAACUAUCCACGCUGAGGGAGUACGUCGACGACACGGAGGACUACAUUAACAUAAUGCUGGAUGACAAACAGAAUCAUCUCCUGCAAAUGGGGGUCAUGUUGACAACAGCAACCUUGGUUUUGAGUGCCUUUGUCGUGGUCGCCGGUAUUUUUGGCAUGAAUAUCACGAUUGAGCUGUUCGAUGAGACCAAAGCGGGGAUGCCGCAGUUCCUGUGGACCGUUGGGGGUGGUGCAACUGGCAGUGUAUUUUUAUACGUGGUUGCUAUCGCCUGGUGUAAGCACAAGCGCUUACUAGAGUAGUGAAGAGGCCUUUGAAUGCUAGCGGCUGUUGUGUAUCUGCGCUGGAUGUAUUUUCUGGAGACAAACACAACUUUUUAUUCAUCGAAACUGUACUGGGUUACUACCAGUCAUACGCUUUGAAUGCUGUAAAAUUAAUGUGUUAAACAAUUUCAACUUGUCUACUUGUAUCAACAUGUGUUUCGAAUAGCGCCAUGAAAAGCUAUUACAAUUCUUAAGCUCAUUAUAAUUUUUUAACGAA